UGGCGCUGUGACGGAGAAGCGGACUGCGUGAGUGGAGCCGAUGAACAGAACUGUGUUGCCAAGCGGUGCUCAAACUCCGAGUUUCGCUGCACGAGCGGCCAGUGCGUCUCCUCCUCCUUCKUGUGCGACAAAGAUGCCGACUGCGAUGACGGCAGCGACGAGGCCUCCUGCCCGCCARUCACAUGCAGCGGCGUGUCCUUCCAGUGCAACAACACUGUUUGUGUUCCCCGGCUGUGGACCUGCGACGGCGACGCAGACUGCUCCGACGGCUCCGACGAGUGGCCGCAGAACUGCGCCUCUAGGACCCCCACGCGCUCUCCCAUUCACCAGUGCUCCUCCCAGGAAUACCAGUGCCGCAACGGGGAGUGCAUCCAUGUCAGCUGGAGGUGCGAUGGCGAUCCUGACUGCCUUGAUCGAUCCGAUGAAGAUGGAUGUGCUCAUUCCACGUGUCGUCCUGAUGAAUUUGAAUGCGGCGAUGGUACGUGCAUCCACGGCAGCAACCAAUGCAACCACCACUACGACUGCACAGACAUGAGCGACGAAGUCGGCUGCGUCAACGCGAGCCACUGCGACGGUCCAAACCAGUUCAAGUGUCGCAGCGGGGAGUGCAUAAGCAUGGAGCGGGUAUGCGACAACAAGCGUGACUGCAGGGACUGGUCAGACGAGCCGCUUAGGGAGUGUGGCUCUAACGAAUGCCUCUAUAACAAUGGCGGCUGCUCUCACAUCUGCAACGACCUGAAGAUCGGCUACGAGUGCCUGUGUCCAGCUGGAUAUACCCUCGUCGCUAAGAGACGGUGUGAAGACAUUGAUGAGUGCACAAACCCAGAGACCUGCAGCCAAAUUUGCAUCAACCAGAUGGGCGGCUACAAAUGCGACUGUGAGGAAGGUUAUCACAUUGACCCGGCAACGCAAGCUUGCAAAGCUGUUGGUACAACACCUUACCUUUUCUUCACCAACCGUCAUGAGGUCAGAAAGAUGACCCUGGACAGAAGUGAGUACACAAGAGUGAUCCCCCGAUUAAAGAAUGUGGUGGCCCUGGACAUGAACGUAGCCACCCAAGAGAUGUACUGGUCCGAUCUUUCACUGAAGAAAAUCUACAGAACGCCAAUGGACUCAGCAGAGGACUUCUCCCGUCACCAUGUGGUGAUAGGCAGCGACAUCGAUGGUCCUGAAGGAAUAGCCUUCGAUUGGGUCCACGGCAACCUGUACUGGACUGACAGCAUCCGGAAGACUGUCUCCGUGGUAACCGCUGACGGUAGCCGCCGCAAAACUCUCUUUCACCAAGACCUAUCGAAGCCCCGUGCCAUUGUGGUGGACCCACAUACUAACUUCAUCUACUGGACCGACUGGGGGAGUCCUGCAAAGAUCGAGAAGGGAGGCCUUAAUGGAGUAGACCGCACUGCUCUGGUCACGGACAACAUCGUGUGGCCCAAUGGCAUCACAAUAGACCURCUGAACCAGCGCCUCUACUGGGUGGACUCUAAGCUGCACACGCUCUCCAGCAUCGACAUGCAAGGCGGCGGUCGGCGCACCCUGAUCAUCGACGAAGACAAGCUGGCUCACCCGCUGGGACUCACUGUAUUCGAGGAAAGAGUGUUCUGGACAGACGUCAGCAAUAACGCCAUCCUCAGCGCCAACAGGCUGACUGGUGGUGACAUUGCACCGGUGGCGGAACAUCUUUCGUCCCCCGAGGACAUUGUUCUUUACCACAACCUCAAACAACCUGCUGGAAGGAACUGGUGCCAGGUAUCCAACAGCACCUGUGAAUUCAUGUGCCUAGCUGCCCCCCAAAUAGGCACCCACCCCCCAAAAUACACCUGUGUCUGUCCAGAUAACAUGAUGCUAGCAGGGGAUAUGAGGACAUGUGUGCCUGCUGUUCCAACUCCUUCAGUUUCUUCAGCUUCUUCAGAGUCUCGGGCCUCGACUACCCACCCUCCUGUUGUCCCUACAACGCCACCAAAGACGACGGCACCAAAGACGACACAGAAGCCCCGGGUUCCAAUUACUACCACAGUGCCUCCCAUAAUCCCCACUACAGCCACCAAGCCAGUGYGGCGUACCACUAGGCCUACGGUUCGGACCACCACACCUUUACCAAAGAAGCCCUCGCCUCAGCCAGAAAAGCCUAAAAUCUCACAGACUACCACAGCUGCUCCUCUCACAACUCCAGGUGUUCCACCUAAAGGUGUCGCAGCUGUUCCCGAAACUACCUCCAACACCUCAAAAACRCUUUACUUUGUCCUUCCUCUAGCGAUACUUUGUCUGGUGGCUGUCGGGGGCGUGUUGCUAUGGCGAUACUACAGGCUCCAGAACACCAACACAAUGCACUUUCACAACCCCGUCUAUCAGAAAACUACUGAGGACCAGGUUCACAUCUGGAGGAGCCAGAGCCUGGAAGGUUACGCCUACCCUAAAAGACAAAUUGUGAGCUUGGACGAAGAGGCGGACAAUCCUUCCUUCAUUGAAAACUGAAAGAAGAAGGACAAAGUGGGAAAAACAUUGUGCCUCAGUGAACACACUAUUCAAGGCCUUWAGUAUUUUUAUUUUUAAUUUUCUUUUACCUCACGCAGAGAACAUGCAAAGCCUGCGUCCGACAGCCUUAAACCACUACAUCCUCACUAACAAACGAAUGCUUUACUGUGAAAAUAACAGGGUGAAAAAGUUGACGUCAGAGUGCACAUCACAUGUUAUACAGCAUCUCAGGUUUAUAUCUUAAAACAAGCCAGCUGACCGUCAUGUUUCCUCCAGUAUAUUUAAACUGUGAUCCUGAUGGUUAAAUUGGAGCAAACCGGUUUUUAAGAUGAGAUUAUUAUAUACUGCUCAAAAAAAUAAAGGGAACACUUCAGUGUUCACUUAAAUGUUAAAGYGUUCCCUUUAUUUUUUUGAGCAGUGAUAUAUAUUUUAGCUUUUUGAUUCUCUUAAUAUUCAUUGUAACUUCCUAAUCAAGCAAGUGUUUAGGAGAAUUCAAGAAGCUUUUAAUGGAGAUUUUUUGUGUGUGUGUGUGUGUGUGUGUGUGUUAUUUAUCACUUCAGAUACAUAAGACAGAUUGAACAGUACUCUACUGGCAGGGUUUGAUUUUUUUUAUUUUUAUUUUUACCUCUAACUGCAGCUAACAAUCAAUUUGUCUGGCUAUGCAUGCAGUAACAUAGUUGCACUAAGUCAUGAAUGCAACAGGUCAACCACUGAGAAGACGACUGCGUUUUUUUUAGUUCUGCAAAAAUCUUCUGCCGAAAGACACUAAUGUAAGUUCUUCAARUUCUAGUGGUUACACUUCACCUGMUUAGAAAAAAMCCCAAAACAAAACAUCAGAACCAAACACUGCUCAGAGUUUGGUGUAGCUCUCUAGAUCUUCUCCAGGUGUCUCCGGUAUGAAACGGCCAGAAGGUUCAUAGGUUCAGCAUUCCUCUGAGCUGGGGAAACUUUGAUGCAGCCACGUGGGACCAACCGAGCCGAGUUUAAUGCUCUGCAUCCAGUCAAGUAUGUACUUAUGUCCUCCCCUUUUACACCAGCAUUCCUGGUGAAGGAAUGGCAUGUACACUUAUGUGGUAAAAAAACAAACAGCAUCUUGAUAUCAGUUAUAGUUUUGUUUUACAGCGAAAGUAUGUGUCUUUUAUUGAGAUGUGUCUCUGGGUUCAUGUUGGUGCUAUUGAACUCAAGAGUUUCUAUUAUAAAUCUGCUCUUCAUCCGGUGUUAAUGAAAUGGUUCUGCUGCGUUCACGUGACAUCGUUAGUUGCGUUUCCGUUUCGAAUGUGCGCAAAUUUUUGACUAUAUUCCGCUAACGUCGAAAAAACGCCCGCAAUUUCGCAAUUGAUGUUUACAUUAAAUAAGAAAWUAAAUUAAAAUAAAUCACGCGUGAUUAAGCUUGUUCACGCGGUAAGACAUUAAAAAUCACGGCAGGGACGUGGCAGUGAUAGCGUAUGUUUAUAAUUCAGCCGCGUUGCUCGCGCUCAUCAUCUAUCGUCGGCGUUGAUGAGCGUUGGAAAAUUGUAGUAGAUGACAGAAGAGCUGUGGAUUCAACACGUUUUUAUAAAUUGAUAAGCCAGCCGCACAUUGUCCGAAAAACAAAYAAACGGAACAAAAUAUAAUCUUUCUACUACCUCCUGUUGUCUUGUUUUGUCAUUCCCGCCAGUAUAGGAACGUCCGAAAUACGUGUAUCGGCUGAAAUGACACUUCAGCCUAGCGCAAAAACGCAUUUUUUUUCUUUUUCUAGAGAUUGGCAUGUUUGUUAAGCAAAUUUAUUUUGUAAUUUCAAUUUGUGCAAUUUUAUGGUGAAUGGAAACGGCUAAUAUGGUGUCAGACAGGGAAGGAGAAACAUACCUGAAGUCUUUUUUUCUGUUCAAUUAUUAACCACAGUUUGUAAAUAUGUUCAUAGAUGUACAUAAUUUGUCUUCUACAUACUUGUUCACUUGUUUUGCUGAUGUUUUAGCUUUUCAAGAUGUUCUGUAAAUAAAGACACAGUUCUAUUUAUUACAGAAUCAACUUUGUUCAGACUCUGUUUUUCAAAAAUGUUCUAUUGUUACUUCACCAUGAAGUAAACCAGUUCAAUCUUC